AUUUGGGGGAGGGAACGUGGAGGUCAAAGGACAGAGAAACCAUUUGCUGACACUUUUUUAAAAAUUCCGUCUGUGCUGGGAUAUUUUUAGUGACUGGGACAAAUCCGACACUAACAGAGGCAGCUGAGAGAGGGAGGUGGAUCCAAAAAGCAGGGGCUAUUGGAGAGAGCAGGCAGCUGAAAUAUUUUCCUCAACUUGAUUUCACUUUCAUUUUCCCCGGCUGGAGACGCAGUUCAGAAAGGGAGCACUCGCUCACCAAUUCAGGGAGACUUUAGCAUGAAACGACACCAAGUGAAGCCCAUUGCCCCGGAGAGGCUCGGGAACCCAGAAACAAUGCCGCAACACCCAAAGAAAAUUCAAGUCCUGAAUGUUCCUGAAAAUGUUUCUGUGAAACGUCUGCUGGAUAAACUGACCAUUUAUUUCCAGAAGUCGAGCAAUGGAGGGGGUGAGGUAUUGGACGUGGAAUAUUCAACCGGUGUUAAAGGCUGCGCUUAUGUCAUUUUUGAGAAGGAGGAAGAUGCAAACAACGUCCUUAAAAGAGAACAUGUAUUUACAUUUGACAAUAAGAAAUACAAAUUGGAAGUACGGGAAGUUGAAAAAGAACCGUGCGAUGCUGAUGAUGAACAGGUGAUGCUGUUUGUGACAACAAAACUGGACACAAGCUGCUUUUCAGAAAGGAAGGCUCAUCAAUUAAUCUUUAGGCAUGAUUUUCAAGUUAUACGUUCCCAAGGCUGCAUUGUGGAGAUCAAAGGUUCUUUCCCUUCUUUAGUAAAACUUCGGACAGAUCUUAGGGACUUGAUUUUGCCUCAGCCAGCACAUGCAGUCUCCAGCCAAAGUCACUCAGCCAACAAAAAGAGGUGUGAAAGAAAUGAGGAAUUUUUACAAUCUGGGACUUUCAGAAAAUACAGGCAACCAAGUUCCCCUGAUAGUGGCUCUGAUUCAUCAGCAUCCAGUGAAGAAGAUUAUAGUACCAGCCAGUAUGCCUCAAAUAUCCACUCAAGAUCCUCUGAGCCAGAAUUUUCUUCUAAUAAAAGCGAUAAUUCCCCAAUGCCUUUGGUUGCUUCUCCAUCUUCUCUGCCAGUUGCCAGUUCCAAUAACAAAGAAGACACUGCUUCAUAUAUCAAGAGGAGCAUUCAUGACCCUCAAGAAGCAAUGAAGUAUAUGAGUACUUCUGCUGUGGAAAACGGUUCCAUUUCUAAAAUGGAUACUAGUAGCCUGAAUUCAUUUUCAUCUCAUUCUUCAAACAGUUCUUUUGCUUCUCAUAUAAGCUUUAUGGUUGAUAAAUGGACCUUCAAAUACCUGCAGGCUUUUAACAGCAAUUGCCUUCAACAGUUUCUAACAAAGUAUUCCGCAAACAUUAAAACAGUUUGUUUUGAUGAGCUGUGUGAGAUAUCCUUAUACCCAAAAAGGCCAGCACACAAUUCCCAAAGAAAUCUAUCUGAAGCCAAGUCAGAAAUUUGUACACAAAUUCAGGAAAUACAACAGCAGCUAAGGAUCAAUCAUAUAGAUUUAACUUCAAGGAAUUCCGACAAGGAGGAGAUCCUGCAUAGGUGCAAGAGACUUAGUUCCAAAUCAGUGGAAGUUCUGUUGGAAAUAAGUGAUCACACUGUAACUGUGGUGGGACCAUCAGAUGAGAGUUAUAACAUGAAGCAAUAUAUUUUGGGGAAUGGUUCUUUGGUCUAAACUGGGCCAUGACAGUGACGGAGGUAAUUGAAUAGGUCAGAAGGACACAUCAAUAGCAAAUCUUUAUGUUCUCUAACUUGCAAGGAAAUACAUUGGAUGACUCAAAUGCCAACCUCUCAUCAAUCAAAACUACCAGUCAAACUCAGGCCACAAACCAGUAAUCAAACUAAGAUCCUUUCAAGAAAACCCAGUCCAGGUUAUACCUGUCAAAAGCAACGUUCUUCACCAGAGAGCAGAAAGACAAAGUCUCCAAGUGACAUUGAUGCACAAGAUUCAUUAAAACAAUUGGACAUCUCAAGGCUCAAAGACCAAAGAAUUCAGAAUCCCCAGCAGACUGUCAAAAGCUGACUCCAAAUUGUGGACCUCAUUUUUAUAGAGGUAACAACAGAGGAAAAACAGGAUUAAAUAUCUACCAUCCCACAAGAUUAAAUGUCUACCAUCCCACAGGAAUAAAUCUCUACCAUCCCACACGUUUAUUCUUGGUGCUUCAUUUCCCCUCAACAAAGGAACUUCAAAUUGGGAUACGGAAGCAGAAAAUGAAAAUUUGAUGCAUCCAUUUAUUUUCUCUUAAGGGAGGGAUCUGUGUUCCUUUGUAGAUUACAGCAGUGUCUACGCCUUUAUAAGUACUUCAUUGUUGUAAAGUAUUUUGGAUCUCCUGACGUUGUCAAACAUGAUAUAUAAAUGCAAAGAUUAUCUAAAAUAAUGUUUACUUUUGCUGACCCUACAAAGUGCACCAGGCUCAGUACUAUUGGGUGGAACCCUCAAAAUAAUGGUUAAUGGAUGUUGAAGGCUAUGUUUUCCCCAACUCCCAAUCAUUACAAUAUUUAAUUAUCACUUUUAAAAACUCCUGAGUCAGUUUGAAGAGGCAGUGGUGUGGUUGGAAUGUAACUGGGCUGGUAAUUCAGAGCCCCUGGUUAAUACUCUGGGGAUAUGGAUUUGAAUCCCACCAGAGCAAAUAAUGAAAUUUGAAUGAAUUUCUUAAAAUGCCUGGAAUUAAAAGUUAGUCUAAUGAUUACCACAGAAACGUGGUUGAUUGUCCCUUUAUAGAGAAUGAAUUCUGCCGUCCUCACCAUAAAUCUGACUCCAGACCAACAGUAAUGUGUUGGACUCUUAACUGCUCUCUGAUCAGAGUGGCUUGCUUGGGCUAUUUUCAGUGACCAAUGCUUGCUCAACUAAUUCCCAUGAAGAAAUAAAAAAAGACUCACUUGCCUCAAAUUAUCUGUCCUGGUUGAUGAGCCUGGUUGAAAAAUUACUUUAAAAUAUCUGUCCUGCAGCUGCCUUUAAUCGGUUUGUUUCCUAUGGCCCUUUAUCCUGCAGCAAUGACUCGAUUGGGGUGCUACAGGAUAAAGUGCAAUGGUUAAGUUAAUUAACCAAUAGUAUAAAAAGCACAAGUUCAAGUCUCACUAUAGUAGUUUUAGAGUUUAAGUACAAAUGUUUAAAAAUAAAUGUUUUUGGCUUUGAUUUUCAUA